UUGUGUCCUCUACCCGAUAAUUGCUGUAUUGAUUGUCUGCUGGCUUGAUUUAGGUCAGAGCUGACAUCCAGUAUGUUGACCGAAUAAGAGAGUGUGUCCCAAACUGGCUGGAACUCUUUACAGCUUUUUCUGUGCAAGCGAGAGGCAACCUCGACGGACCGGGACUUUGGACAUUAGUAAAGUGCAACUUCACUGCACUCUACAUACUGAAUGAUGAAACUCAAGACACCUCACAAUACGAUGCAGAGAAGUUCUGCAUCAAACAUGUUUUCCCCAUAAUAGCAAUGUCACCCAAAAUGAUGUCUGGCACUGUCUCACAAACCGACCAAGAGGAGGACUACCGCUUCCUCCACAGCACGUUGAUGGAGAAAAAGCUCCACCUACUUUUCAAGAUCCACGAGCGGCUGCGGCGCUUUGUGAAGCGAGGACCCGCCCCCGUCGUCCAAGAGCGUGCAACCAGUCUGGCCUCGCAUUUAUUCGAAGAUCUGAGCCACCAUAAAUGGAGAGAGGACGUCAAAGAACUUUUCGCCCUCUUUUCUAAACCUCACUUCAAGAGUCUUUUGUACAUCCAUGAUGCAGUAGCUCAGAGGGAUUAUGAGCCUACUCUGCCACGAGUGCCUGACGGCAUAAUUGACGAAGAAGAAGAUUCAGUCAAGAUUGUCAGUCUGGUCAAAACCAAGGAGCCACUGGGUGCUACAAUUAAGAGGGAUCAAUCCACCGGGGCGAUUGUUGUGGCGAGGGUCAUGAGAGGAGGUGCUGCCUACAAGAGUGGGCUGAUUCAUGAAGGAGAUGAGCUAAAAGAAGUCAACGGCGUCUCACUGGAUCGCAGGAAGCCAAAAGAAAUUCUUCCUCUGCUGGCACGCUCCCGGGGUGACGUUACAUUCACAAUUGUUCCUGCCUUCUCCAAGCAAGACGUGUCAGUCAAUAAAAAGCCGUUUGUAAGGGCUCUCUUUGACUACAACCCACGUGAGGAUCCCGCUGUCCCAUGCAAGGAUGCAGCAAUUGCUUUUAAAAGAGGCGACAUCCUCCAGAUUGUCACCAUGGAGGAUGACGCCUGGUGGCAGGCCUGCCGUGCGGGCUGCAGGAACACGCGAGCGGGGCUCGUCCCCUCACAGCAGCUGCAGGAGAGGAGAGUUGCACUACAGCGACCCCAAACCUUGUUCCAGCACCAGCGAGUCAAGGCAGCAGUUUUUCCAGUCGAGGAGGAUGUUGACUAUGGAGCUAUAACUGGAAUCCACAUCGCUGGUUUAAGACGAAGUUUCCGUUUGGGCAAGAAGAGCAACUGGGCCAAAGAAGCAGCUCGGUCCAGAAGGUGGAGCUCAGGAGUUCAUGACUCCAUUUGUCCACCUACCUACAUAGAGAUGAUCCCAUACCAGAAAGAUCCUAAAGAAAGACACCGUCUGGUGGUCUUGGUUGGGCCCAGCGGCGUUGGCGUUAACGAACUGAAGAGGAGGCUCCUGAUCUCAGAUCCUGACCUCUAUGGUAUAACCGUACCAUACACCACACGAGAGAAGAGAAGCCAAGAGACCGAAGGGAUGGAUUAUCAUUUUGUAUCGGUCCACAAAUUCGAAGAGGACAUUCUCAACCGCAGGUUUAUAGACUAUGGGACAUACAGAGGCCACUACUAUGGAACGAGUCUGGACUCGGUUUACCGUGUGAUGGCAGAGGGCAAAGUGUGCCUACUGGAUGUUCACCCUUGUAAACUGAAGCGUGUCUACACACUUGAAUUCAAACCAUUCGUGGUAUUCGUGAAACCCCCGCAUAUCGAGGAGUUGCGCCUCACCAGGAGAAGAGCGAAAUUCAUCUGUGCUGAAGAGGACCCGAACCAAGUCAGGAUGUUCUCAGAGGAUGAUUUUGAAGAUAUGAUUCAGUUGGCCGAAACCAUGGAAGCCCAGCACGGUCACAUGUUUGACAAGGUGAUCGUUAAUGGAGACCUCACCACGGCCUUCAGAGAGCUUAAGGCGGACCUCCAGCGGCUUCAAGAGGAAGACGUCCGCUGGAUUCCCGUAGAGUGGUUUUGCUCCUCGCCAACUAAGGUGAGGAGGAGCUGUGGUCUUCUGGCAGGCUGGAUUUGAACUUGAGGUCACAGGGGAAUGAUGGGAAAUAAUACACCAUAACACCACCACUUAUAAUUGUGUUAAAUCAGUAACACAGUGGUUAGAGACCGGGCCAAACCGAGAAUAGCAAAAAUCCGGCACAAUUCUUGGAUAAAACUCCAGUAAUUGCUUUUGUUAUUGGUCGCCCCCCGCCCCCCCGAAAAAAAAAGAAAGAACUAAUCGGAGGAAAUUUUUUUUUAAAUAAAUCUGCGAAUAGGUGACUCCGCGAGGGCUGAACUGCGAGUAUGCAGAGGUCCACUGUACAAUACUUUCUGCUUGUAGUAUAAUUCAUUUGUGUCGUAUUUGAAAAGUUUUCCCAUUCGUAAACAAGGCCUGUGAUCAUCGCAGGAAGAGUGUUCCAUAGUUUUCCCUGAACAUAUACGUAGUUAAUUAGGUAACCAGACGACUCCUGCCUUUUAUGUCGCAGUGCCAGUUUUCUCUUGGCAUUUGACUGAAAUAACGUCGGCUCGAACAAUUAUAUUGGAAAACAAAAGUUGGGAGGAGUGGUUUUGGGUGGGAUUUGCAGAGCUUGCGGCUGAGCGUAACCUUUCCCUGCCAAGUCGCAAACAUUUGCAUGGAAUUUUUAUGACAGCUGCUGCACUUCAAUUAACAUAAUGUCAUGUGCACGAGAGAAAUAUUAUUAGUAGCAGGUGUAGAAUUUAGAGGCAUAAACAAGAAAACAGUCCCCCAAGUCCUGCAGAAGACCGUGCUCAUUCCAUUUAAUAUUGCAUGGGGAGUAUGAGGAGUCUUCUAAAACUUUCUACUAAGCGGUCUUUUACUACUGUACUUUGUUUGUAAAUGUUUUUUUACAUUGUAUUCAUGUAAAAGGACAUUUAGUUACCUUGUGUAUGAAAUGUGCUGUAUAAAUAAAGCUAUCUUGCCUAAAAGUGUUCAUGUUGGACCUGUCA